AUGGGAGACAUCACUGGAACCGCUACCGAUGGCUUGACUGCUGUUGAGACAACCGCUAGGUCCAGUGUUACAGCCUCGCGCGUGGAAGCCGGUAAUGGCGGUAGAUGGGUUGCCAUCGAGGAAGGUGGAAAACUUUUCAUGAAGAAAUCCUUCUUCAAGAUGCCACGGAUUCCACGAAACGGCGAGCCAGGUCGUCCUCCCAGACCAGCGGCGCAGAAAGCGUUCGGCCCGAGCCUCUACAGUGAAUUAGCCCGCUGCUACACGUGGGGCGAGUGGGCGGAACUAUAUAUAGAAGAGCUGGAGAGAAAGAUGGCAGAUGGGAGUAUCGAACGAGCGUUACAGCGAACAAGGGCUGCUGAUGAGAUGACUACUUUACACCAGGAAUACAAGCAGAAGUUACAUAUCGCACAGACCAGCAGCCUUGCGACGAUGGAGCAGGAGAGUGAGAGGCGAAUGCAGGAGGCGAAUGCGAAGUUGACUUCACUUAUGAAGCGCGAAAAAGAUCCCAAAGUGGCAGAAGCCAAAGUCAGGCGGAUGCAGGCGGAAUUGAAGACGUACCAGGACCUUAGUGAUGCCGUCGAGCAUAUGGGCGAUAAAAUAGAGAAGGCGGUUCGCGAAAUGCGAACACUGACAGCUGGCAAGAGCAGACCACAGCAGGCAUUUGACAGAUGGGAGAAGUUGUAUUGUGAGCCGAGCAUCCGAGUGGUGGAUCUCAAUCGCCAGAUGAGAAAAGACCGCGACAAGAACCAGCUGGAACACAUCGAGAAAGUUAAAACUUUGCAAGGCCGUGAAGAGAUGGUUUCCAAACUAACUAUACAAGGAGUGCUGGAAGUAGCUUUGCUGGAAAAGCAGCGACAAGACUUCGACGCCGAAGUCGAGAAGUGGCGCAUUCAGAAAGGUCAAGAGCUCAGCGAGUCUGAACAGAAAGAUAUCAUGGAAGCUUAG